UGCUAGACACAUUCACUAAGUCACUCCAAUUGUCCUAGACAGUACCCAAACCAGUACUAUGGCCAAACAAAACCAACUCUCAUUCCUCGCAAUAGCCACUCUUUUGGUCAUUAUAGUUUCUGCUUCGGAAACGCUUUGUCGCCCUCUCAGAGAGGAACACUUAUUUGAGCAACAUGAGCAGUGGAUGGCGGUCCACGGGCGCGUCUACAAGGAUGCGGACGAAAAGGCGAAACGGUAUGAGAUAUUCAAACAGAACGUUAAUCGCAUCAACACCUUCAACAAUGAUAAGGACGUGGGGUAUAAACUGGCCGUGAACAAGUUCGCGGACCUGACCAACGAGGAGUUCCGUGCUUCCUACACCGGCUACAAGGGGAGGUCCGCCACUGGCCUGUCCUCUGCGGAAGCGAAACCGUUCAAGUACGCGAACUUCACCGCCACUCCAGCUGUCUUGGACUGGCGAACCAAGAAGGUUGUGACGUCUGUCAAGGAUCAAGGCAGCUGUGGAUGUUGUUGGGCGUUCUCGGCCGUGGCGGCUAUGGAAGGGAUUACCAUGCUCAAGAAGGGGAAGUUGGUGUCACUCUCGGAGCAAGAACUCGUGGACUGUGAUGUUAACGGUGUCGACCAAGGCUGUGAGGGCGGGCUCAUGGACAGUGCCUUCAAGUUCAUCAUAAGCAAGGGUGGCCUCACGACCGAGGCGAACUACCCUUACCAGGCGAACGAUGGGACCUGCAGCAAGGCCAAGACGAUGAACAUCGCGGCCUCAAUAACUGGAUACCAGGAUGUGCCGGCCAACGACGAGAAGGCCCUCUUGCAGGCCGUGGCAAACCAGCCAGUCUCGGUGGCAAUCGAAGGGAGCGGGUUCUCGUUCCAAUUCUACUCAGGCGGCGUGUUCACUGGGUCGUGCGGGACUAGCCUUGAUCACGCUGUCACGGCAGUCGGGUACGGUAUGACCACUGGUGGGACCAAGUACUGGCUGCUGAAGAAUUCGUGGGGCACCGGGUGGGGUGAGAGCGGCUACAUGAGGAUCCAGAGGGAUGUGAGCUCUAAGGCUGGUCUCUGUGGUCUUGCCAUGGAAGCCUCUUAUCCAACUGCAUGAUAUGAACCAAUAUAUGUCAUACUGGUUCUUAGGCUCUCUAUAAGUGUGAUGUCUAGCGUUUGUGUAAAGAAGCAACUGUAAGUGAUAAUACGUCACUAGGGGUGGUGUGUACUAAAUCAAAAACUGUAUAUCGUUAGCAAAAUUAUGGGCCUGCAAAUUAAAUUUGGCACUAAGUGUUCUAAUAAUUGUACUGGACAUGCAGUGAAUUGAAUGAAAUAGAUUAGUCAGCGUGAUUUUAAGUA